CUCCGCCUCCCAGGACCUGUCCAGCGGUGCCUGGGAGCCAGCAAACCUGCAGCGCACCUCGGACCUCUUCAGCUCGCUGGGGAGCGUCGACAGCCUGGACCCAUCCUCCCAGCCUGACCCGUCGGGGGGCCUCUCAGCAGCCAAGUCCAGCAGAAUAAUCGACUGCCUGGGCGGUGCCAGCAAGCGGGACUCGGCAUACGGCUCGUUCUCCACGUGCUCCAGCACCCCGGACCACACCCUGCCCAAGGUGGACACGUCCUCAGCCGAGAAUAUCUUCUACAAAGUGGGCCUGCGGGAGGCCUCCGCUGCAGCGGACAGCCGGCCGGGCCUGACGGCUGGCGACCCUCAUGGCGCCGAGGAGCCCCUGGGGUGUUUCCCGCCCCGGGUCCCCGAGGAUGGCCCCGAGCCUAAGCUAGCUGCUUGCGGGCGGUCCAUUUCCGGGCCCGUCUGGUAUGCUCCGGAUAAGAGACGAGCCCCUCCGUCCCCUACCCUGCCGCCUUUCCGGCUCCGCCGCGACAGCUUCGCCGCCACCACGAGCCACGAGCAGACCCAGGGCCCUACGUUCUCAGCAGACGAGACCCCAGAGCAGCCCUUGCUGGGCCUGAGCCACGUGCAGCCCCACGGUGGCGACUGGAAGAGACCUGAACCCGCUGAUCAGCCCUUGAGGCCGGCGCACGGGGGCGAUGGCCAGAGAGCCGCGAGCUCGGGGUGCACGCCAGGGGCACAUGUGGACUGUGGGUGGCUGGCCUGGGACAGCGGGGCCCAGGCCUUCCCGGGGGCCCCCAGCUGGCUGCAGGCUUCUCUCUCGAGCACCGACGUGCACCCCCCGGAGCCCUCGCCCACGUGCCAACAACCUCCCUGUUCGAGCGAGGAGGGCCCCUUCUUCCUCGAGGGCCCCUGGGCCCCCACGUGGCUCGGGGAGCCCCCCCCGGCUGACCGCCUCGCCGACGACAGCCCUGCUGCCGUUGUCGUUGGAGGGCUGCGCGCUGCAGACCAGAGGGGCGACUGCCGGGGCUACAGAGGGGGCCGCUACUACUGCGUGAUGUCCAGACCCGGUCCCCAGUGGGGCGCACCAGCCCUCCAGCCCCGCUCCUACCCGUCCCUGCUGGAGGGCGCCCCGGGCGCACUGCAGAGAGGCAGGGUGGAGACGGUGGACAGGGCACCCGAGGACCCACCGGGGGCUGGCCUCCUGGACAAAGGCGGCAGGAAGAGGGUGGCGGGCAGCUUGGAUGACGGGGGUGGCGAGAUCUGCCCCCUGCAGACGCCCAUGCUGCACUCUCCGAGCCGGGAAGGGGCGUGCCCGCCCGAGACCCGCCACGAGGACACGGCUCCAGCGCUGCCUGAGGCCCCGGCGGGCAAGCCCCUCCGGAGGAGCGACCUCUUCGCCACCACCCUGAGGAACGAGAUCCAGCAGCGGCGAGCCAGGCUGCAGAAGAGCCGGAGCACGGCCACCUUUGCCAGCUCCGCGGAGGAGGAGGGGGAGGCGGAAGACGACGAGACUGAGGCGCGUGGUUCCCGGACGCAGCCAGUGGGUGCCCCGGAGACCACCUUGCCCAGCGGCACCUAUAAGGACCACCUGAAGGAGGCGCAGGCCCGCGUCCUGAGGGCUACGUCGUUCCGCCGCCGCGACCUGGAGCCCAGCCUGGCGGACCCGGAGCCGGCCCCCCGCAUCUGGGAGGGGGCCCCAGGUGCUGGGCCGCCCUUGUGCGCUGCCGGCAGCGGCAGCUGCAGCGCGCGCAUCGGGAGCCGGAGGCGUUUCACUGCCGAGCAGAAACUGAAGCCCUACUCAGAGCCCGAGAAGAUGAAUGCGGUGGGGCUAACGGCGGACGAGCGACCCGCACCCCACGACGAGACGGUGCGCACCUUUGCCGACAGGUGGAAGUUUUUUGAGGAAACCAGCAAGCCCGUGGGCCCCCAGCCCGGGCCGAGGCCGGCGCGUUGUGGCUUCCCCAGGGAGAUGCCGGAGAUGCUGUGGACAGCGGGCCCUGGAAAAGACGGAAAGGUGGGGAGACCCAUCCGGCCAGAGCGGCUCGGCACCUUUGCAGAGUAUCAAGCCUCCUGGAGGGAACAGAGGAAAGUCCCGGAAGCCAGGAGUGGCGGGAGGUACCACUCCGCCGACAACAUCCUCGACGUGGGUGUGGACCAGGAGGAGAGGCCGCAGUACGUCCACGAAAGGUCCCGGUCAUCAUCUUCCACAGACCUCUACAAGCAGGAUGCCUCCAUGGAACCUCGAUGGCAAGCAGGGGACCCAGAGGAGCACACGGAGCUUUCUUUGGUGGCACUGGCCGAGGACAGAGGCCCCACCCCAAGACAAGCAGAUGGUCAGCGUGCGGAGGACCGCCCAGGAGCAACACGGGACCCCUGGCAAACCUCUGAACCCCUUGGCUCCCGGGAAGGGCCCGAGCUGUCCCUGGAGGCCCGCGGCCGGGCGGGUACCCUCCCUCGUGAUUACCGGUACCCGGAGCUGCACACGCCUCUGGAGCCGCCCACGCGAGGUCAGAAGCCCCGGCCCCUGAGCACCGCCCCACUGGCCCGGAGACCCGCCCUACAGAGGCCACCGCCCCCCAAGCGCGAACUCCGGCCACUGCAAGGGGGCGCGCCCGGGCGGCCCCGCACCUCGGUGGCCUCCUCGGAGGCGGUCGACACGCAGAGUGCGCGGCGCGUGGAGGAGCCAACGGCCCCGCUGCUCCCCGCCCCGUUCCGGCCCCUGCAGACCUCCACCAUUAACACUUCGCGCUCGCCGUCGCCGCAGUUUGCACCGCAGAAGCUGACGGACAGGCCCCCGCUGCUCAUCCAGGACGAGAACACCGCCAGAAUCGAGCGGGUGAUGGACAACAACACCACGGUGAAGAUGGUGCCCAUCAAAAUAGUGCAUUCGGAGAGCCAGCCGGAGAAGGAGAGCCGCCAGGCACUGGCCCGCAUUCCCGAGCCACCUCCACUGCCCCGGGGCCUCGAGUGGGACCAGAUCAAGACGCUCAGCACGUCUGAGCAGUCCUACUCGCGCUUCUGCCCCUACAGCCGCCAGAGUGCCGAGCCCCAGCCCCCUGCCGGCGCCCCGGGGCUCCCUGCCAAGGAAGGCCGGGCCUCCCCUCCCGCGCUUAGCUACGUGAAGGCCAAAGACAGGACCGCCCCGGACCUCAAGUCGGAGGAGCUGGCCCGUGAGAUCGCAGGCAGGGAUAAGUCGUUGGCGGACAUCCUGGACCCCGGCGUGAGGGUGAGAACCACCGUGGACCUCAUGGAGGGCAUCUUCCCCAGAGAUGAGCACCUCCUGGAAGGCACGCAGCAACGGAGGAAGCUGCUGCCCAAGGCGCCCUCGCCCAGGACGGUGGAGGAGAGGAGGGAGGAGACCAGCUUGCUGGCAGCCACACCCUUGGCCACCAACUCCGCCUACUACAGCACGUCGGGCCCCAAGGCGGAGCUGCUGAUAAAGAUGAAGGGCCUGCAGGAGCAGCAGGAGCCAGAGGAGGACUCGGGCAGUGACUUGGACCACGACCUGUCAGUCAAAAAGGUAGGGAGGCCGAAAUCCGGAUGAGAACGUGCUGGCGGGAGGCAGGUGGCGGCCCUUGGGUCCACCCCCAGCCUGGCCCUGCACCAUGCACCAUUUGUGUUGGGCGUGAUGCUGACAUUUGGGCCUGCGUGUGAAGCCUUUUGUGGAAGAGGCUUCUGUCCUAAGGAGGUCUCUCCAUAGGACCUCCGUGCUAUCGCUCUGUCAUAAGAUCCAGUGUCAAGAAAACCUGGUGGCCACUAGUCUCUUUCAUUUUAAGCUCAACCGAUAAUGUCUCUUCUAUCCCAGCUGAAACCCGAUGGGGCUUAACUAUAUCACCUUCAGCAGGGUCCAUACCUUCUCUGAGUACCGAUUUCAGAUUCCUGUGAUCAGGUAAUGAAUUCAACAGCAGGUCGUAAAGGGCUGUGUUAACCAAAAAGCAGCCCUUGUUCAACUCCAGAAACUAACCAGGCCUUUGGGGAUACAGCAGCAACACGCGAAUAGUCAUUCCUUCCCUGAAGGCACUGUGUUUUCGCAGCGCAAAAACAAACACACAAUAUAGGGCCCAUGGGCCACACCUGCCCCCCAACCUGCUGUUGUCAAUAAAGUUUUAUUUAAAGACAGUCAAUUCAUUCAUUUACAUACGGCCUCUACCUAUUGUAUUACAUAUGGCCUUUACAUAUUGUAUUACGUUUACUAUACUGUAAGCGAUGUUGAGUAGUGGCUGUGUGGCCUC